AUGUCGUCUCCUGAAGAGGAGGAUGCGCAACUUCCUUCCUCUCCGCCACUCCAAUCAGCUCAGCAACCGGCUGACCAACUCUACGCGGAGAAUGAAGAAAUUGACUUGGCAAGCGACUACCUGUCUGAUGCGCCAUCUGAUCACAAGCCUGACAUACAGCAAUCAUCCCAAAGAGGUUCCAGCGCUGGAGACGGUUCUGAAGCCAACCAACCUGUUGCAGAAGACGAGCGUCAGGACUUCUUGGACGAUGGUUCUCAGGACUCCACAUCUCUGCCGUCCCGCGCAAACAAAUUCCGUGGACCGUCCUCGACUUGGCGGAAUUGGACUGCUCCGGAGAGGGACCUAGCAGCCAGUCUUGAUCAACUGCAAGCAAAGGAUCUUAGCAUCCAUCUGUACAACUCUUUCAAGCUUGGACAGAGGAGUCGCACUCGGGAUCUAGGCCGGCGAGUUCGAACCUCAGAAGACUUGAGGGAAGCCAGUGAAGGGUCAAAAUGGAUCCCACCCAAGGUUUGGACUGCUUGGCCUUUACCGCCUGGUAUUGUUCCGAGAGAGCAUGACGAAAGGCGCUGGGAAGAAGACGCUGUUCCUUCCGAGCUGCACCACACUAAACCAAAGAGACCAGGUCAGCAUCUACAGGAAAUGCUCGUUGCUCAAGUCUUAAGGAAAGCUAAAGGACGGUUUCAUGAUCGGCUGUGGAAGGGUGAGCCACAAUCGGCGACGAUUACUACAUCUCAAGGACUUCAGUAUCAAGGCCGGGGAAGGCAUUCCAACGGGAGAUUCAGUGCCAAAGAAGACCAUGAGAUUCCCGACCAGAAGCCCGUCGUCAUGGCUGAUGACCAACAAGCAAGCGAGAUACUACAGGCUACAGUACAGCACAUGAUGACCAAGCUGGAUGAUCUACUCAUGGGACUGCAUCAUGCUAGGAGUGCCUAUCUACUUGUUGAGGACUCUGACAUUGACUCUCAGAGCCAAACAAGCGAGCGGUCAACAUCGAGAGGCAGGCCUCCGAAAAGGAAGCGGGAAGCAUCAAACCCUGAUGAAGACGCAGGAGCAAGUCAUGACACGCCAAACCAUCCUGGCUCCGACUCCGACUCCGACCAUUACCGUCCUAGCAGAAAGAAAUCCGGCUCGAAAGGCAAAGUUCUACCCACCAGGUCUUCUUCGCGCAGAUCGCGGAGUCAGAAUUUUCGUGACCGUAAGGGGCGUCUAGGUCUUCGAGAUUGGAGCGAUGUGCUGGGCGUUGCUUCUAUGACUGGUUGGCACCAGAACCUGGUGGGCAGUGCUACUGCCCGAUGUGCCACGCUUUUUGGGGAAGGUAUCAAGUUCAGAACUCUUCAGGAGGGUAAGGAGGUUCACGAAGAGCACUUGUAUCUACCAGAUGCUUCUCCCAUUGUCUCUGGUGAGAGUAGGCAGAGUAACACUUGCCGAGCAGGAGAAGGCUCCAGCAACAGGUUUGAGGGUGUAAUGGUAGGGGGGAGUCCAUGUCGAUGGCUUUCUCCAGCCGAUUGA